GCUGAUGGGUUUGCAGGAGUCUUCCCAGAACACAAGUAUGAGAUUGUUAAGAGACUUCAGGAGAGGAAACAUAUUUGUGGCAUGACAGGAGAUGGUGUCAAUGAUGCUCCUGCUCUCAAGAGGGCCGACAUCGGUAUCGCUGUGGCUGAUGCAACCGACGCCGCACGAAGCGCAUCAGACAUUGUCUUGACCGAGCCAGGACUAAGUGUGAUUGUGAGUGCUGUGUUAACCAGUAGAGCCAUCUUUCAAAGAAUGAAAAACUACACUAUCUAUGCAGUUUCCAUUACAAUACGUAUUGUGUUGGGAUUCAUGCUUGUUGCUCUCAUCUGGAAGUUUGAUUUCUCGCCUUUUAUGGUCCUUAUCAUUGCCAUCCUAAACGAUGGAACCAUCAUGACCAUUUCAAAGGAUAGGGUGAAGCCAUCACCUGUGCCUGACUCAUGGAGACUCAAAGAGAUUUUUGCUACUGGUGUUGUCCUUGGAACAUACAUGGCCUUCGCGACCGUGUUUUUCUUCUGGCUCGCCAACGAAACCGUCUUCUUCCCGAACACAUUUGGCAUAAAGCCACUCAGAGGUAUUGCUGAGAUGAACUCUGCUCUCUAUCUUCAAGUGAGCAUUAUCAGUCAAGCUCUCAUCUUUGUCACGAGGUCAAGAAGUUGGUCCUUUGUUGAAUGCCCUGGUUUCUUGCUAGUUAUUGCCUUCCUUGCUGCACAGUUGGUUGCCACUCUAAUUGCUGUAUACUCCGAAUGGGACUUUGCAAGGAUCAAGGGCAUUGGGUGGGGAUGGGCAGGAGCCAUCUGGUUAUUCAGUAUUGUCACUUACUUCCCACUUGAUGUCCUCAAAUUUGCAAUCCGUUAUGGCCUCAGCGGCAAGGCCUGGGACAACAUGCUCGAGAAUAAGACUGCGUUUACAACGAAGAAGGAUUACGGAAAAGGCGAAAGAGAGGCACAAUGGGCAAUAGCCCAACGUACAAGGCAUGGCCUGCAGCCACCAGAAACCAUAUUUCAUGAAAAGAGCAGCUACGAGGAACUUUCAGCGAUUGCAGAGCAAGCGAAGAAAAGAGCUGAAAUUGCCAGGCUGAGGGAACUCCACACUUUGAAGGGCCAUGUAGAGUCGGUGGUGAAGUUGAAGGGGUUGGACAUUGACACUAUCCAACAGCACUACACUCUUUGAUAUGUGAUUGAGUUGACAACAUUUGGCUGACUUUCAACAAAAACGAAGAACAAAUAAUUUCAAAAUGAAAAGAAAAAUGUAUUAUAGAUGGUGAAAGGGGGUUAUUCUCUCUUUUGUACCUGCAA